AUGUUUGUCCUGCGAGAACUGAACGGGAACAAUAUCACUCGGAUCAUAAAGAACGACUUCUCCGGCCUCAAGCAGCUGCGAGUCUUGCAGCUGAUGGAGAAUCAGAUUAUCAGCGUGGAGCGCGGGGCUUUUGAUGACAUGAAGGAACUGGAAAGGCUACGCCUCAACCGAAACCAGCUCCACACGUUGCCUGAACUUCUGUUCCAGAACAACCAGGCGCUCUCCAGACUUGACCUCAGUGAAAACUUCAUCCAGGCCAUUCCAAGGAAGACCUUCAGAGGAGCCACGGAACUCAAGAACCUACAACUGGACAAAAAUCUGAUCAGUUGUAUUGAAGACGGAGCUUUCCGGGCCCUGCGAGGGCUGGAGGUCUUAACCCUCAAUAACAACAACAUCACCACAAUCCCCGUCUCCAGUUUCAACCACAUGCCCAAGCUGAGGACGUUCCGCCUGCAUUCCAACAACUUGUUCUGUGACUGUCACUUGGCCUGGCUCUCUCAGUGGCUCCGCCAGCGGCCCACCAUCGGAUUAUUCACGCAGUGCACCGGGCCUCUCCCCCUCCGAGGACUGAACGUGGCCGAGGUCCAGAAGCACGAGUUCGCCUGCUCAGGUCAGACGGAUGCGACCAGCACUCAGAUCUGCAGCCUUUCCAUCGGCUCCUGUCCGGCGAUGUGUACCUGCAGCAACGGCAUUGUGGAUUGCAGAGGAAAAGGUCUCACGGCGAUUCCGGCAAACCUCCCGGAAACGAUGACCGAAAUACGCUUGGAGCAGAAUGGAAUCAAGUCUGUACCCCCCGGAGCGUUCUCUCCAUAUAAGAAACUGCGCAGGAUAGACCUCAGCAACAACCAGAUCUCGGAGAUUGCUCCCGACGCGUUCCAUGGCCUGCGCUCACUUAAUUCUCUGAUUUUAUAUGGAAACAAGAUCACAGACCUUCCCAAAGGGGUGUUCAGUGGCCUCAAUGCAUUGCAGCUUCUACUUCUUAAUGCCAACAAAAUUAACUGCAUCCGGGCGGACACCUUCCAGGACCUGCAGAACCUCUCUCUGCUGUCCCUCUACGACAACAAGAUUCAGAGUUUAGCCAAAGGAACCUUCUCUUCUCUGCGCGCCAUCCAGACCUUGCAUUUAGCUCAGAACCCUUUCAUCUGCGACUGUAACCUGAAGUGGUUGGCGGACUUUCUGAGAACGAAUCCGAUAGAGACCAGCGGGGCGCGGUGUGCCAGCCCUCGACGACUUGCCAACAAACGCAUCGGGCAAAUCAAAAGCAAAAAGUUCAGGUGCUCAGCAAAAGAACAAUACAUUAUUCCAGGAACGGAGGACUACCAGCUGAACAGCGAGUGCAACAGCGACGUUGUAUGUCCGCCCAAAUGCCGAUGCGAAUCAAACGUGGUGGAUUGCUCCAACCUGAAGCUCACCAAAAUCCCUGACCGCAUCCCUCAGUCUACGGCCGAGCUGCGUCUGAAUAAUAAUGAGAUCUCCGCUCUAGAAGCCACUGGUCUCUUCAAGAAACUUCCACACCUCAAGAAGAUCAACCUGAGCAACAACAAGAUCACCGAGAUUGAAGAUGGAGCUUUCGAAGGAGCAACGGCAGUAAGCGAAAUACACCUGACAGCCAAUCACAUGGAGUCAGUGCGUUCUGCCAUGUUCCGCGGUCUGGAAGGGCUGAGGACCCUGAUGCUCAGAAAUAACCGGGUCAGCUGCGUGCACAAUGAUAGCUUCACCGGCCUCAGGAAUGUCCGCCUCUUGUCCCUCUACGACAAUCAGAUCAGCACAAUCACUCCGGGAGCCUUUGACACGCUGCAGUCUCUCUCCACACUAAACCUGCUGGCCAAUCCUUUCAACUGCAACUGCCAGCUGGCCUGGCUCGGGGAUUGGCUGAGGAGGAGGAAGAUCGUAACGGGAAACCCUCGCUGCCAGAACCCGGACUUCCUGCGCCAGAUCCCGCUGCAAGAUGUGGCCUUCCCCGACUUCAGAUGCGAAGAAGGUCAGGAGGAGCUGAGUUGCGCUCCGCAGCCCCUGUGCCCCCAGGAAUGCACCUGUCUGGACACCGUCGUCCGCUGCAGCAACAAACACCUCUUGUCCCUGCCCAAGGGAAUCCCGAAGAACGUCACCGAGCUAUACUUGGACGGUAAUCAGUUCACGAUGGUUCCGGCACAACUGUCUACAUUCAAAUUCUUACAACUGGUAGACCUGAGCAACAACAAGAUCAGCUCCCUCUGCAAUUCCUCCUUCACCAACAUGAGUCAACUCACCACAUUGAUCCUGAGUUACAAUUCUCUGCGCUGCAUUCCUCCUCUGGCCUUCGAGGGACUGCGAUCCCUGCGGCUCCUGUCCGUCCACGGGAACGACAUCUCCAGCCUGCCGGAAGGAAUCUUCUCUGAUGUCACCUCCCUCUCCCACCUAGCGAUCGGAGCCAACCCUCUGUACUGCGACUGCAACCUGCGCUGGCUGUCAAACUGGGUGAAGACCGGUUACAAGGAGCCCGGCAUCGCCCGCUGUACGGGGCCCCCAGAGAUGGACGGAAAGCUGCUUCUCACCACACCGGCCAAGAAGUUUGAAUGCACAGGGCCGCCAAGCCUAAGUAUCCAGGCCAAGUGCCACCCCUGCCUGUCCAGUCCGUGCCGGAACCAAGGCGUCUGCCAGAACGACCCCGUGGAGUACUACACAUGCAUCUGUCCACCCGGGUACAAGGGCAAGAACUGCGAGAUCUCCCUGAAUGCGUGUUCCAGCAACCCGUGUGAAAAUCAGGGUGUAUGUCACCCCAAAGACAACGCCAGCGGAUUCACAUGUUCCUGUCCCGACGGGUUCGAGGGCCCCACCUGUGCGGCCAAUAGAGACGAAUGCAAAUACAGCGACUGCGAUAACGGCGGCACCUGUGUGGACGGAAUGAACACCUACACCUGUCUGUGUGCCGCACAAUACACAGGCGAAUACUGUGAACAGUUGGUGGACUUUUGUUCUGUGGAGCUCAAUCCUUGUCACCCCGACUCCAAAUGCGUUGCGACUGCAGAGGGUCCAAAAUGUGAAUGUGCUCCAGGCUAUGGAGGGGAAAACUGCAGCCUCAACCACGACGACUGCCAGGACCACCGCUGCCAGAACAACGCCAAGUGUGUGGAUGAGGUGAACGGCUACUCCUGCCAGUGUACAGGGGGGUACAGCGGUCAGCUCUGUGAAAUGCCAUCUCAGUCCUCCGCUUUGCCCAAUCCAUGUAAGUUGGCAGACUGCCAGAACGGAGCCAAAUGCAUCGACCUGGGGAACAGCGCCGUGUGUCAGUGUCUUCCCGGGUUCGGCGGCGCCAGGUGUGAAAAGCUCUUGAGUGUGAACUUUGUGGACAGAGACACCUACCUGCAGUUCACAGACCUCCAGAACUGGCCGCGGGCAAAUAUCACGCUGCAGGUCUCCACCGCCGAGGACAAUGGAAUUCUGCUGUACAAUGGAGAUCGUGACCACAUGGCGGUAGAAUUAUAUCAAGGCCAUGUGAGAGUGAGCUACGACCCCGGAACCUUCCCCAGCUCCGCCAUCUAUAGUUCAGAGACGAUCAACGACGGCCAAUUCCACACCGUGGAGCUGGUCACCUUCGACCAGAUGGUGAAUCUGUCUAUUGACGGAGGGGCGCCCAUGACCAUGGACAACUUCGGGAAACACUACACCCUCAAUAGCGAAACGCCGCUGUAUGUCGGAGGAAUGCCGGUAGAUGUCAACUCCGCCGCUUUCCGACUCUGGCAGAUCCUUAACGGCACCAGCUUUCACGGCUGCAUCCGCAACCUGUACAUAAACAACGAGCUCCAGGACUUCACCAAGACCCAGAUGAAGCCCGGGGUGGUCCCGGGGUGUGAACCGUGCAAAAAACUCUACUGCCUCCACGGUAUCUGUCAACCCAACGCUGCCAACGGGCCGGUGUGCCAUUGUGAGACCGGCUGGAUGGGCCCUCACUGCGACCAGCAGAUCAGUAACGCUUGCAUGGGACAUAAGUGUGUACAUGGGACGUGUAUGCCCCUGGACUCUCUGACCUACAGCUGUGUGUGCCAGGAAGGCUACAAAGGGGCUCUGUGCAACCAGCAAGCAGCAGAACUCUACAACCCCUGCAGGAACCUCCAGUGCCAGCACGGGCGAUGCCAGAUCUCCGACGUGGGUGAAGCCUACUGCGAAUGCGACAGCGGCUACGUGGGCGAAGUCUGCGAUCAGGAGUCAGAGUGUCGAGGGGAGCCGGUCCGGGAUUACUACCAGGUCCAAAGAGGGUACGCCAUCUGCCAGACCACCCGCGUGGUGUCCUGGGUGGAGUGCCGGGGCUCCUGCCACAACCAGGGCUGCUGCACGGGGUUACGCAUGAAGCGCAGGAAGUACACGUUCGAGUGCAGCGACGGCUCCUCGUUCGUGGAAGACGUGGAGAAGCCCAUCAAAUGCGGAUGUUCCCAGUGUAUGUAAAAAAAAAAGGAUCUUUUUGGACGGACUGGAUUUAUUUUACGCUAGAUGGAUCAUACCACCUACCCGGGGGGGGGGGGGGGAGAAAAAAAAAACACGGAAGAAAAAGAGAGAAGAAACCAGAUGGACAAUAUGACGCGAUGGAAAAACUGGACUUUGCUUCCCAUUCGGAUGUGUGAAAAAAAAAAACAUCUUAAUGUCUGUGGCAUCUAAAAAAAAAAAACACACACGAAAAAAACAAAAAAAACAACAAAAACAAAAUUCUAUGUAUACCUACUACAUUUGAGAGACAGGCACACAUACUGACCGGCUGUAAAGUGUUGUAAUGUUCGGGAGAGGUAUAGAAAGGUAUAUAUAUGUAGAGGGGUAAAAUGUGUAGAUAGAGAUUUUUUUAAGAAAAAAAAAA